CAAGCCAGCCCUGUAGUCCUAAAUUCGUCGGCGCGAAUGCCAUGGUGUGCGUUUGCAACGCAACCUACUGCGACACGGUGGAUCCGGUCUCCCUCCCUGACGUCGGCUACUAUGUCAAGUACACAACCAGCAGGGAUGGCCAACGCUUGGAGCGGAGCGAAGGGAAAACAGGCGCCAGCUCAGGAGCUUCAGGUGGAAUUUUCUACACCUACGAUCCUUUCGUUCAGUACCAAUACAUCAAAGGCUUUGGAGGGGCAUUCACUGACGCUGCGGCCAUCAACAUCCUGAAGUUGUCUUACACAGCCCAAAACCAACUCCUCCGCUCUUACUUCUCAGAAGAAGGAAGUGAGUACAAUUUGCUGCGUUGGCCCAUUGGUUGCUCUGACUUUUCCACGCGGCCGUACAGUUACGACGACCAUUGCGUGGAUGACUUCGAACUCAAGUGUUUCGAGCUGGCCCCCGAAGACACCAAAGUUAGGAUCCCCUUGCUCCAUCGUAUCAUGGCCAUCACCAAGAGACCCCUCUCCCUGGUUGGCAGCCCCUGGACCAGUCCUGCCUGGCUAAGGGUCAACAACAGGGUUUACGGCCAAUCCAGGAUAAAGGGCAAUCCAGGUGACCGCUACCACAAGACCUGGGCUCGCUAUUUUAUCAGGUUCCUAGAUGAGUAUGCUAAAAAUAAUAUUACUUUCUGGGCGUUAAGCUCUCAGAAUGAACCAAACUCCUUCCUUUUGAUGUGCAUUGAAAACUUUCCAGUUAAUUUCUUCUCACCGCAACAUCAACGCGACUUCAUCAUUAAGGACUUGGGCCCCGCCCUCGCGGCCAGCUGCCACUCAGAUGUUCACCUGAUCAUCCUGGAUGACCAGAGGUGUCAGUUGCCAAACUGGGCCAACCAGGUGAUUGGCAAUAGUACCGCGGCGGCUUACGUAUCCGGCAUUGGCAUCCAUUGGUACUUCGAUUCGGUCACCCCAGCUGGGCUUACUCUAGAUGUCACCCAUCACCUGUACCCCGAUUUCUUCCUGCUCUACACAGAAGCUUGCAAUGGUUUUCUGCACUGGGACGUGAAGGUUGCUCUGGGAAGCUGGGAGAGGGGCACCCAUUACAGCAGAAAUAUCCUAAAGGUAAGGGGACCCCCGGGCUACGACCCCCAAAUUGAUCUCUUGGACAAUAAGAGCGGCAGGAAUGGACAAGUGACCGAAAUGCCGUUCUCAGGCUUCCAAGGCGGUCAUAGAGUCUCUGGGAAACUCAGCCAGUUCAUCAACGUUUUGCCGUAG